AAAUGCUUGAUCUCAAUGAGUUGCCUCCAGAUCUCAAUGAGCUUCCUCAUGAUAUGGAUCAGCAGCAACCCAGCAUACAACAAGGAAACUGGACAGAAAAUGGUCGAUCUGUUUACUACACGCAGGCAAGUCGUGAUGGUAACCCUACGGGCCAUGACAAUGUGGCAGGCCAGUCAUCAGCCCGUGGUGCCCCUGUAGUGGUGUCUUUGCAGUCAGAGAGCCAUACUCUUGAUGACACAGGAACCGAGGCAAAUGUUCCUGGUCCAGCCAGGACUGAGCUAGGAGCUCGGGCUGUUGACGGAGCUGUGCAAGUAGAAGAAGGAGAGGAUGAGGCUGGUUCUCAACCUAUGGAACCCUAUGUUGGCAUGAGGUUUGACAGCCUUUAAAUUGCUAAGGAUCACUACAACAGUUACGCACUACGGAUGGGUUUCUCUAUCAAGAUGAACACUUCUAGACGGACACACCGCACCAAUGAAUUGAUAAAACAACAGUUUUGCUGCAACAAGUUUAAGAAACCCAAAGCUGAUGAUGGAGAAGCUGAGGCUCCUCCUUAUCUGGACCCUAUUCCAGAUCCAACAUCUGUUAACAGUGAUAAGGAGAUGGAAGAAGAACCUCCAAUAUUUGCUGAAGAGGAGGCUGGUACUAGUAAGAAGAAGAAGAAGCGCAAACGCGAGACAAUAAAGCAGACUGAAUGCAAGGCGAAAAUGUUGGUGAAGCUGAUAGAUGGGCGAUGGGAGGUGACGCACUUUGUUCAUGACCACAAUCAUCCACUCGUGAACAAACCUUCAUUGUCCAAAUACUUGAGAUCCCACCAAGGCAUCUCACCUGAUGAAAAGGAGUUUCUGUGCAUCUUGUAUAACUGCAACUUGACUACAGGACGAAUGAUGCAUGUCAUGGCAGAGUUCUAUGGAUCUGAGAUGAUGGUGCCGUUCGGACCAAAGGCAAUAACAAAUCUUUGUACAAGUUUCCGUAGAGAUGACACAAAGGAGGGUGAUCUGAUUGAGACAAUUGCGCACUUCAAGGAUAUACAAAAAACCGAUCCAGACUUCUUCUAUAAGGUGAAAUAUGAUGAAGAGGACAGAGUUGUCAACAUAUUUUGGGUGGACGGCUUAGCUCGAAAAGCUUAUGCGGAGGCGUACCACGAUUGCAUAUCGUUUGACACCACCUACAUGACCAACUUGUACAAUAUGCCGUUCGCGCCCUUCAUAGGAAUAAACCGACAUGGCCAAUCUUUCAUGCUGGGUUGCGCGUUUGUGAGGCAGGAGUUGGCAUCGAGCUUUGAUUGGGUCUUUGGAGCAUUUUUAGAGGCUGUGGAUGGCAAACCUCCUGACAACUUCAUCACCGAUCAGGAUGGUGCGAUGAGGCAGUCAAUACAGAGCAUCUUUCCAACCACCGUGCACCGUUGUUGUCGAUGGCACAUCAUGAAAAGGCUCAGGAAAAGGUUGGUUGGUUGCUGUGCCAGAAUCCAGGACUCUCUGAUGAUUUUAACAAGUGUGUUGACUUCAGCUUCACUAUAGACGAGUUUGAGCAGAAUUGGACUGGGUUAAUGAUGAAGUAUGAGGCUAUGGCACACACGCACUUUGAGAAGUUAUACGAAUACAGGUCAACUUGGGUGCCGUGCUACUUCAAACACAGAUUCUUUCCCUUCCUCCAG